GGGCCUUGAGCACACGGUGGGAGAGGGGACAUGUGUCCCGAGGCCGGUGCCUCUGGGCUGCUUUGUGGUUGGGGGUUGGAGGCUGGAGCUGGGGACGCGUUGGACUGCUCGGCUGUGAGGGGACCCGCCACGUGGCACCGUCAUCUGUGCUGUGUCCCUGCCCCUGACAGUGUCGGAGCUGUGCCUGCAGAACAUGCUUUGGGCAUCAGAGAGGGCCAGGAAUGAAGAUGCCAGCUGGCCCCAGAGGCAGGGCUGAGGUGCGGGUGGCAGGUGCAUUGGCAGGUGACAGCGUGAGGGGCCAAGACGCGGUGCCCCGCCCCCCACAGCUGAUGUUCCAGGGAGAGCUCAUCUGGGGCGAAUUCUGAUGGCAGAAGGUAGGAACACAAGAGAUCUUGGGCACAGGAGGCCCAGGACAGCGUGCAGGGCCCACACCUGCCACAGCUCGGGGGUGGCUCACGCUGCCGGCACCAGACCAGCCGCAGGUCCAAGCUUACAGGGAAGGAUGGCUGGGCUGGGGAGGACGUCGGUAAUUAUGGGUGGACAUCAGAGCCCCUCAGCAGGCUUGAGUGUGUGCAGAGGGGCUUCCAGAAGCGACAUCCUUGCCCAGGUGGCAUGUGGCUGCCUCCCAGAGGAGCCAGGUCACGAGGAAGCAGUGGCCCCUCUCGGGCAUCCCUCCUCUGAGUGUGCGCAGGGUACAGAGGAGUCCUGGCCCCGGAGGAAGGUCGAGGUUCCAGAUAGCUUUGGUGCUUGUCGGCGAUCACAGCCACAAGAACAGCGUCCAUGGCUGAUGUUCCCAGAGGCAGGGCCCGGCGAGGCCACAUCUUCCCCCUCCAGGCAGCAGGGGACGCCAGCGUUUGGGCGUGAUGGAGCUGAGGUUUCAUUUCCAGAGGCAGGAGCCAGGGGUCUGGCAUUCGGGGUUGGCCACUCCCAGGGGCCGAUGUUCCCAGAGGGCAAAGCUGAAGCCUGGAGGGCCAGCUGUACCGGGCACACACAGGGUGGGAGUCAGCACACGCAUGAGGCUCGGUGGAGGGAGGCACCGGGAGAGGCCAGGGCAGCAGGCACACGGCUGGCCGGAGUCCCACGGAAACCCACCACCCUCCCAGGCCGGCUCGGCUCGGGCUGACUUCAGCACUGGGCGUGAUGUUCUCAGAAGACAUGGUCAGUCCCCUUAGCAACUUGGGUUUUCCUUCUCAAACUCUGGGCCUGGAUGAGUGGCCUCAGGUCACUUGGGAGCACGUCAGAGACAGAACCUGCUUCUGAGCGAGCUCUCCGUGGGCUCCCGCCCAGGGCAGCAGUGAGGAACGCCCUCCUGGAAGGCCAGUUUUCAAGUGCUGUCUUUAAGUAUCCCCCUCCCAGCCCUGGAAAAGUAGAGGCAGCCCUGAGCCUGUCUUCCGUGUUCUCACUGCAGGGCAUUCUGAAGUCGGACUCCUUGAGAAUGACCUCACGCAGCUUUAACAGGGACUCAGUGACCGAAAGAUGGAUGGGAACAGCAGACGCAGCUGCCUUCUGGGCACUGGAGGGCUCAACUCUCCAUGGGCGUGUGUGGCGGGGCAGAAGGCCGGGCCCCCUGGGUCAGCACACUCUCUGGAAAGCUCCUCCCUGCCUGCCCAGGUCUCCGCAUCGUGGGGCUGGAUCAGGGGAUGGAUCUCCAGUGAGCAUGGCCCCUGUAAGCUCAGGUCCCUGCCACUCAAUGGAUGGGACUUUGGUGGAGCAUGGGGCCCCUGCAGGGAGGGUCUGGACAAGCAACACUGGGAGCCUGAAGCCUCUCUGGCUGGGGCUCAGCUGCCGCCAGGAUCGCAACAGUUAAGCUGCCUGCUGCAGGAUAAGUGAGCCACUGCCUCUCCUUAAUCAGCGACAUCGAAUAGGAAUCGGAGGCCCUGGGAGGAGCGGCCGGCAGGCAGCCCUGCGGAGCCCAGGUCUGUGCCACGAGCCCAGGGAGGUGUGGCGUCCUCGCGCACGGCCAAGAUGGUGCUGGUGCUGCGCGGUCCUUUGUGUGCCCGGGGAGGGCCUUCCGGGAGCCAGGUCGGGGGCUCCUGACAGCUGCGGGGCAGCAUGGCGCUGAGCCGGCUGUCACUGCUGUGCCGGGACCUCUGGGUGCUGUGGCUACUGCUGAAGGCGGGCACAGAUGAAAUCAUGCACCAGGACAUCGUCCCGCUCUGCGCUGCUGACAUCCAGGACCAGCUGAAGAAGCGCUUUGCUUACCUGUCCGGUGGGCGGGGGCAGGACGGGAGCCCAGUCAUCACCUUCCCCGACUACCCGGCCUUCAGCGAGAUCCCAGACAAGGAGUUCCAGAAUGUCAUGACCUACCUCACAGGCAUCCCCAGCCUGCAGGACGCUGGCAUCGGAUUCAUCCUGGUGAUAGACCGGCGGCGGGACAAAUGGACCUCCGUGAAGGCGUCCGUCCUGCGCAUCGCAGCGUCUUUCCCGGCAAACCUGCAGCUCGUCCUUGUUCUUCGCCCAACGGGAUUUUUCCAAAGGACUCUCUCCGACAUCGCUUUCAAAUUCAAUAGAGAUGACUUUAAGAUGAAGGUGCCGGUCAUAAUGCUGAGCUCCGUACCAGACCUACACGGUUACAUUGAUAAGUCGCAGCUGACCGAGGACCUGGGCGGGACCCUGGACUACUGCCACUCUCGGUGGCUGUGCCAGCGCACGGCCAUCGAAAGUUUUGCCGUCAUGGUGAAGCAGACGGCUCAGAUGCUGCAGUCCUUCGGGACCGAGCUGGCCGAAACAGAGCUGCCCAAUGACGUGCAGUCGACAAGCUCAGUGCUGUGUGCACACACGGAGAAGAAGGACAAGGCGAAGGAGGACUUGCGGCUGGCACUGAAAGAGGGGCACAGCAUCCUGGAGAGCCUCAGGGAGCCGCAGGCCGAGGGCCCAGAGCCUGGCGUGAACCAGGACCAGCUCGACAACCAGGCCACCGUGCAGAGGCUCCUGGCCCAGCUGAAUGAAACCGAGGCUGCCUUCGAUGAGUUCUGGGCAAAGCAUCAGCAGAAGCUGGAGCAGUGCCUGCAGCUCCGGCACUUCGAACAGGGCUUCCGGGAGGUCAAAGCCGUCUUGGACACGGUGUCCCAGAAGAUAGCGGCCUUCACGGACAUUGGCAACAGCCUGGCGCACGUGGAGCACCUGCUAAGGGACCUGGACAGCUUUGAGGAGAGAUCCAGCGUGGCCGUGGAGAGGGCCCGGGCCCUGUCUCUGGAUGGCGAGCAGCUCAUUGAGAACAAGCACUAUGCCGUGGACUCCAUCCACCCCAAGUGCCAGGAGCUCCGGCACCUCUGUGACCAGUUCUCUGCAGAGAUCACGAGGAGGAGGGGCCUGCUCAGCAAGUCACUGGAGCUGCACCGCCGCCUGGAGACGUCCAUGAAGUGGUGUGAUGAAGGGAUUUACCUGCUGGCCUCACAACCUGUGGACAAGUGCCAGUCCCAGGACGGAGCAGAGGCCGCCCUCCAGGAAAUUGAGAAGUUUUUGGAGACCGGCACGGAAAAUAAGAUCCAGGAGCUCAGCGCAAUUUACAAGGAAUACGAAUCCAUCCUCAACCAAGACCUCAUGGAGCACGUGCGGAAGGUCUUCCAGAAGCAGGCGAGCAUGGAGGAGGUAUUCCACCGCAGGCAGGCCAGCCUGAAGAAGCUGGCGGCCAGGCAGACACGGCCCGUGCAGCCGGUGGCCCCAAGGCCUGAGGCGCUGGCAAAGUCGCCCUGCCCCUCCCCAGGCAUCCGGCGAGGCUCCGAGAACUCCAGCUCCGAGGGCGCACUCCGGCGAGGGCCCUACCGGAGGGCCAAGAGUGAGAUGAGUGAGAGCCGGCAGAGCCGCGGCUCGGCGGGGGAGGAGGAGGAGAGCCUGGCCAUCCUGCGCAGGCACGUGAUGAGCGAGCUCCUGGACACAGAACGGGCCUACGUGGAGGAGCUGCUGUGCGUCCUGGAGGGCUACGCUGCUGAGAUGGACAACCCGCUGAUGGCUCAUCUCCUUUCAACAGGCCUGCACAACAAGAAGGACGUUCUGUUUGGGAACAUGGAGGAAAUCUAUCACUUCCACAACAGGAUAUUCCUCAGGGAGCUGGAAAACUACACGGACUGCCCAGAGCUGGUUGGAAGAUGCUUUCUGGAGAGGAUGGAGGACUUCCAGAUCUACGAGAAGUACUGUCAGAACAAGCCCCGCUCCGAGAGCCUGUGGAGGCAGUGCUCGGACUGCGCGUUCUUCCAGGAAUGCCAGAGGAAGCUGGACCACAAGCUGAGCCUGGACUCCUACCUGCUGAAGCCGGUGCAGAGGAUCACCAAGUACCAGCUGCUGCUCAAGGAAAUGCUGAAAUACAGCAAGAACUGCGAGGGGGCUGAGGAUCUGCAGGAGGCACUGAGCUCCAUCCUGGGCAUCCUGAAGGCCGUGAACGACUCCAUGCACCUAAUCGCCAUUACCGGCUAUGACGGGAAUCUUGGCGACCUGGGCAAGCUGCUGAUGCAGGGCUCCUUCAGCGUCUGGACCGACCACAAGAGAGGCCACACCAAGGUGAAGGAGCUGGCCAGGUUCAAGCCCAUGCAGCGGCACCUGUUCCUGCACGAGAAGGCCGUGCUCUUCUGCAAGAAGCGGGAGGAGAACGGGGAGGGGUACGAGAAAGCCCCCUCCUACAGCUACAAGCAGUCCCUAAAUAUGGCAGCCGUUGGCAUCACGGAGAACGUGAAGGGGGACGCUAAGAAGUUCGAGAUCUGGUACAACGCGCGCGAGGAGGUCUACAUCGUCCAGGCACCAACUCCGGAGAUUAAAGCCGCCUGGGUGAAUGAAAUUCGGAAAGUGCUGACCAGCCAGCUGCAGGCUUGUCGAGAAGCCAGCCAGCACCGGGCACUGGAGCAGUCACACAGCUUGCCCCUGCCGGCGCCGACCAGCACCAGUCCCUCAAGAGGAAACUCAAGGAACAUCAAAAAGCUGGAAGAAAGGAAAACAGACCCACUGAGCCUGGAGGGAUACAGCAGCUCAGCGCCGCUGUCAAAGCCCCCCGAAAAGGGCAAAGAUGACGCGGUCACUAGCUCUACCUCAGAAAGCUCUGCGCUUUCCAGAAAGCGCUUUACCCUGCAGGGCUUUGGUAACCUCAAAGGUCAGAAAGCUUCUCCUACCAGUCCUGACAAAAAAGCCAAGCGGCACGAAGUAAAGAGCGACCCGACUCCUUUUGGUUUGCGAGGUUGGAGCAAAACAUCCCACUCACUGGAGGCACCUGAGGACGACGGGGGCUGGUCAAGUGCAGAGGAGCAGAUUAACUCGUCCGACGCGGAGGAGGACGGCGGGGUGGGCCCCAAGAAGCUGGUUCCUGGGAAAUACACAGUCGUGGCAGACCACGAGAAGGGAGGCCCCGAUGCGCUGAUUGUGAGGAGCGGGGAUGUGGUGGAGCUGGUGCAGGAGGGCGACGAGGGCCUUUGGUAUGUCAGGGACCCGACCACCGGCAAGGAAGGCUGGGUGCCGGCCAGCAGCCUGUCUGUCCACCUCUGCCAAUCCGGCUCGGCCCAGUGCCUGAGCAGCUCAGAGUCGAGCCCAGGGUCGGCCGUGCUGAGCAACUCGUCCAGCUGCAGCGAGGGCGGCCAGGCCCCCUUCAACCUGCAGGCAUAGUGCCACGCCAUCUCGGCACAGAAGACCAGCGCACUCUGGGGACUGCCACUGCGAGGGCUGGCAUGGCAUGGGGAGGGCGCGGUGCCCCCGGACAUCCCAGGAAGGGGCACCUCACCACUCUGACCCAGAGCUCCUGGCUGUGUGGGCUGCAGAGGACCCCUCCAGGGCAGAGGCUGGUUCCACGGAAGACCGCAGACCACAGGGCCUUCCUCGGAGACUCCAGAGCCCACCAAGGAGGGGCUGCCGGGAAUAGCCCUGGCAGGGAGUUCCAGGCAGCAGCAUCUCACCCUGGCUCCAGCGUGCUGUCUCUGCCUCCGGACAGUGCUUUCAGGGGUGUGCAGACCAUGGAGCUGGUCCCGGAGAAGGGGAAGAUUCUCUGACCAAUGGUCUGAGGAGAGCAGGGCACGGGGACUCUAUUUACAAGUUUUAGGAUUUUUUUUAAGCAGGGAUCAAUCCCAUGGCCAUUUUUUGUGGUACUUUGGCCUCAAUUCUUUACCAGGAAUCACUGUGUUUACAUGAAAUGACAAUUUGAUACUGUAUUUGAUAGAAAACUAUUUUUUGUUACCGGGGUUUACAUAGAAGCAUGUUGUUUAUAACACGGCAUGACUCUGGGGACCCCCCUGUGGGAACAGAUGGCACUCCCUGAGCUCCCUGCUCACAGUUGGAUGAAAACAUGCCCCUGGUGACAUCAGGUGGCGUCUCCACCACCAAAAGCCGUCAGAAGCAAGGAGAUUCCUUUACCUGCAUACACUUCAUUUUCAAAAGAAAAUUUAAACUAUAAUUUAAACAGUUAAUCUUCUUUUCUACAAAAAUAAAAUGCAGGGACUUGAUUUUUUUUAAAGAGCUUCACUGAAUUAGGAUAUUUUUAUUGCUUUUAAAGAAAAUACGGAGAUGCCGUUUCUGCAGGGUGUCUCGUGCACCAGCACUGCUGACCGUAGCUGAGAGAGCCCUGCCCCUGCCUCACUGCACCACAGCCUCCUCGGAGGCCGCACCUCCACUCCCCUCCCCGAGUGCCCCCUGCCUCCCUCCAGGUCCACCUGCCACCCAGUGACCACCUUGGGUACAGAAGUGUAAGUGGGCAGAGUUGAUUUUAUUCAUCACAGCAGAACUGGAAAAACCCCCUUCUGUUUUACCCUUCCUGUGUUUCAGAAACAUAUUUUGUUCUUUUGAAGCCUUUCUGGUGUCUGGUCUGCAGAUAUUUUUGUAUGUGUGCACCUCUGACCAUGUGUAUACAUAUGCCUCGCCGGAAAGGGCACGUUCGCCAUCCCCAUGCUGCUGCGUGCGCCGACUCACCGCCUCACGGUUGUGGCCCCAGCGCGGUGGAGGCGAGCGUGGCUGCAUUCCCCUCACGCUCACUUCCUGGCAGCAGCCUGCAGCCAUCACUGGCCAGACCUCCAGGGUGCAGAAUUACACAGGGAGCGUGCAGACUCGGUAGCUUUUCCUCUGAUGUGUAAGUUACUUGGAACGUGCUGUGUCCUGCCACAUCCCCGACGUGCUGUGCGAGCGCAGUGCCUCCAUCUCGUGGUGCAGCUGCGUGCCCUUGUGUGACCCUCUCCAUAAAGGCACUUUACAGCUUCAUGUUUCAUCCACUGUCACUUUUUUUUAACUGCUGAUGUAAAUGAAAUUUUAAAAGCAGAGUUCUUUAUUGUAUGGAUGAAGUUUGAAUAAAUAUCAGCAACUCCUGUUGUC